AGAAUUAUUGAUGAAAAGACAUGAUCCUCAUGCAAAGGCUUGCCAACUUGCAGCCUCAGGUAUGCAGUCGAUUAGUGCCACACUUCAUGGUAUUAUGAUGCAAAACAAAUUUGGUCCAAUCAAUUUAAUUUAUUCCAAUGAAUUAUAUUGUGAUUCUCCUAGGUUAUUCAAUUGGUUAGCUAAGAAUUAUACAAAUGUUAAUUUGGUGAGUGUUGACGUGGCCUAUCCACAAAAGAUUGUUGCCUUAUUUCAAGAAAAGUUACUAAAGCAAGUGAAUGUCUUGUUUAUUGAGGCAUGUUCUAAUCCAAAUGGUAAAAUAUUUGACUUUACAAUUCUUCAGAAAUUGGGUUCUCUUUCCAAGUCAUUGACAACAAUUGUGGAUAAUACUUGGUUGACAGAAACUAUUUUCAAUCCUUUUAGUGUGAAACAAGUUGAUUAUGUUGUUUCAUCAAUGACAAAGUAUUACAGUGCUGGAACUUGUAUUGGAGGAUAUGUUUUGGCUAGAUCAAAGAAUUCAAUGAAGAAUAUUUCAGAAUGGAUGAUUGUAAAUGGAAAUCACGUUUCUCCUCUCCAUUGUGAAUUAGUUCAUCAACACUUGUCAGAUAUCGAUACAAGAAUUCAAAGCUCUUCCAAGUUGACUAAGAAAAUAAUCACAGAACACUUGAGCAAACAUCCAAAGGUAUUGCAAAUUAAUCAUCCUAUUAUUUCCACUCAUCCAACUCAUGCUUUAGUUGCCAAGUAUUUCUCUAAAGUUGAUGAUGAAGUUUUAGUGCCAAGUGUUUUCACAUUCAAAGUUAAGGGAACCAAAUCACAAAUUCUAGAUGUCUUGACUCGUGUCAAAAUUAUUGAACACAAGACUUCAUUUGGAAGUAAAUUAUCAAGAACUGAUCCAUGGCCUACAGAAAAGGAUGGAAAUACUCUCAUUAGAUUGGCUGUUGGCUUUGAAGAUGAUUACGAUAGAGUUGUUAAGGGUUUAGAUGAAAUUCUUGAUUUAUUAUAAACUAUUUAUCAUUUUCAGUUAUU